UUGAGUCUCUCUCUCUCUCUCUCUCUGCCUCUCUAGCUUCUUUCUUCUCCCCCAUUCCAAUCUUUUUUGUCUACUACUUUUCUCUCUCUCCAUCCCUGAAAAUCUCUCUCUUUCUCAAUCUGCCUUGUUUCUUUGACUUGUUGAAGGCUGGUCAUCUCCUACUUGGUUCCUCAGUCCAUUUGAGACCCUAUUUGCAUGUAAAGCUGUGCAGAAAACUAGGCCCAAGUGCAGAUCUAAGUUUUGAGCUUAAUUAUGGGUUGCUUCACAGUAUUGAAGGGAAAGAAGAAAAAGUCUGAGCAGACUAUUUAUAUUAAACGUGUCCUCCCUCAGGAGCAAACUCCAGCCGCAUUGCCUGAACCCCAAAUCCCGACACGUUCACUACAGUCGGCACCCCCAAGUUUUAGGAACAGAGUGAAACCAAUUCAACCAGUGAAUAGAGUCAUAAAAAAGAAUAAUAGAGCUCGGGCGUUAUCUGCUCCAUCGACCCUAGAUGCAGCAGACCAAGAGGCUCUUUCCUCAGUUGAAUACGAGGAACCAGAAGAGACGAAGUACCGCUCUGGAAUUUUAAAGGAACAACAGGCACCGAUUCCGCAACCUCUUCCCCUCCCAUCACCUCAAGGUGCUGCUGCACUGCGGACUACAGGAAGCUUCAAGUCAUUGACUUCCAGUGGCCCUCUUCAUGUAUCUGGACCGUUGCCCCUGCCUCCUACUGGAACACUACGGAACUUUUCAUUUGAAGAAGUAUCAUCAGCUUGCUGCAACUUUUCAUCUGACCGAUACAUGUCAGAAGGCCUAUCUUCCAUCAUGUACAAGGCUUCCUUUGGAGAAGACUCGUCAUCAAGCUCAAAAAAAUUUGAAGCUACUGUUACUCGCCUUCAUCCGUCCACUCAGGGUCUUAAGGAGUUUGUAAAUGAGGUAAACACUGUUGCAUCUCUGCAACAUCCAAACCUCUGUAAAUUGCUUGGUUUCCAUGCACGGGAGGGAUCAGAACAAAAAAUGCUGGUCUAUGAGAGGCUCUAUCACGGAAGUCUGGAUCGAUUUUUGUAUGGACGAUCAGAUAGGCCCCCAAUAGAUUGGAACACAAGAACAAAAAUUGCCUUGUGUGCAGCACAGGGUCUUACAUUUUUGCAUGAAGAAGGACCUUUCCAGGCAAUGUACAAUGAGUUUUCGACUGCCAACAUACAGAUUGAUAAAGAUUUUAGUGCAAAGCUUUCAGGGUAUGGCUGUGUUGGCCAUAUUCCUGAGGCAGAAAUCUCUACUAAUUCUAUUGCAGUGGCAAAUCUAUCAGUUGAGACACUUGAAAGAGGAAUGCUUACGCCUAAAAGCAACGUUUGGAGUUUCGGGAUAGUUCUUCUAGAACUACUCACAGGACGAAAGAAUCUUGAUAGCCGGCAUCCAAAGGAAGAGAUGAAUUUAGUUAAAUGGAGCCGGCCCUACUUGGCUGAUGACCAUCGGCUGUCAUUGAUUAUGGAUCCGCAGCUGAAAUGCCGCUUCCCAGCCAAAGCUGCCCGAGCGAUGGCCGACAUUGCACAGAGGUGCCUCCAGAAAGACCCAUCGGAAAGACCCACUAUGAGAACUGUUGUUGAGCAUCUCAAGAUUAUUCAAGACAUGAAGCACUCGUCCAGGUUUCCUUUGCAAGAUCCUGCUGCAAUUGUCGGGAAGCAUAUGUCAAGAUCACCGAGUCUUAAUGGAAUUGUUACCCCCAUGCCUAGGCUGAGUUUCUCUCCUUCACCUCCAUCAGUAGCUCGGCCUUCUAUUUCACCUUCUAGACGACUUGCCCCGCCUAUUUCCCUUCUUCCUCCACGAGCUUGUUCAACCAUUGUCACUAUGGAGGAGCCAGACCAUCUGCUGGAAAGCCGGAAAGCAUCAUCGUCUACAGUUCCAAGGGCUAGUGUUGAGGGAUUUUGAUAGUGUAUAAUGUGCAUUUUUAAUUAAUUUAUUUAUUUUUGGUUCUCUUUGAUGGUUCUUUGUGAUUCAACACAAUAUAUAGCAGCAGACAAGGACGUGGUUGUUGUUCCCACAAAAUCGGAUUGCAUGCCCUGUGUAUAUGAUGCAUGCCUUGUAGAUUUGGGUUCAUCUAGUUUCCAUUAGGUUAACAGAGGAUUUCAGUAGCUAUUUACUUAUUUAGCCUUUUUCUGGA